GAGAGCGGGCUGUGAUUGGUCGGUAAGAAGGCUCCGCCCCUUUCUCCUCAGGCCGCCGCCGUCGCUUUCCCUCAGCGCGGGCAGACGGCGGCGGCGCCGGGUGAGGAUGGCGGCGUUGCCGCCCCGUGAGUUCGCGGCGCAGGUUCUGCCCGGCUGUGUGGUACCGACGGCCCGGCAGGGCCUGGCUCAGCUCUGGCCGCUGCUGCUGCUCUGUCUGGGGGCCCGGCUGCUGCACCGGCUGCCGCUGCCGCGGGGGGGGAAGCACGCGGGGGCGGCGGCGGGGGGCCUGCUGGCCCUGCACCAUUUCUUCGGGGCGCAGGCGCUGUGGGUGGCCCUGCUGAGCGGGCUCUGCGCCCUCACCCUCCUGCUGAGCCGGGCCCGGGCCCAGCGCGGGCUCUGCCUCGCCCUGGCUGCCCUCAGCUACCUCCUGAUGGGGGAGCUGCACAUGGUGGACACCGUCACCUGGCACAAGAUGCGAGGGGCGCAGAUGGUGGUGGCGAUGAAGGCCGUCUCGCUGGGCUUCGACCUGGAUCGGGGGGCCGGGGGGGCGUGGGGGGGGGAGCCCUCCCCCGCCCAGGUUUUGGGGUACCUCUGCUCCCCCGGCUCCGUCGUCUUCGGGCCCUGGGAACCUUUUGGGGCGUACCUGCGGGCCGUCGAGGGGCCCCCCCUGAGCGCGGCCUGGGCCCGCAAGGGGCUGCGCAGCCUGGGGCUGGCCCUGCUCUGCCUCCUGGUCUCCACCUGCCUGGCGCCCUUCCUCUUCUCCUGCCUCCUCCCGCUCUACGGCGCCCGCGCCCUGCGCCGGAGCGUCUUGGCUAGGUGGCUGCGCGCCUACGAGAGCGCCCUCUCCUUCCACUUCAGCAACUACUUCGUGGCUUUUCUCUCGGAAGCCACCGCCACGCUGGCCGGCUCCGGAGCGUCCCUGCACCACGACAACCUCCGCUGGGACCUGGCGGUGUCGCGGCCAUUGCGCGUGGAGCUGCCGCGUUCCAUGGCCGACGUCGUCACCAAUUGGAACCUGCCCAUGUCGCGCUGGCUGCACACCUACGUCUUCCAGACCGCGCGACGCCUGGGGACCUUCGCCGCCGUGCUGGGCACCUACGCGGCCAGCGCCCUCCUCCACGGUCUGAGCUUCCACCUGGCCGCCGUCCUCCUCUCCCUCGGCCUCAUCACCUACGUGGAGCACGUGCUGCGCCAGCGCCUGGCCGCCAUCUUCGACGCCUGCGUCCUCUCCAAGCGCUGCCCCCCCGGCUGCGCCCACCGCCACAAGGACGCGCUGUGGGUGCGGGGGCUGAACGGGGCGCUGGGGGCCGUCGCCCUCUUCCACCUCUCCUACCUGGGGGCCCUCUUCGACGUGGAGGCCGACGACACCGUGGAGGAGCAGGGUUAUGGGAUGUCCUACACCAUCCGGAAAUGGUCGGAGCUGAACUGGGCCAGCCACUGGGUGACGCUGGGCUGCUGGGUGCUCGCCUGCCUCCUGCGCUGAGGGCAACUGGGAGCACUGGGAAGGGACUGGGAGCACUGGGAAGGGAGGGGGGGAUCACCAUAGAGACCGGCCGCUCUUUCCCCCACCCGGGGCCCUUCUAGGCUGCCGGGAGGCUCUUCUCUAUGGUCUUUCCGUCUCCGCGGCCGCUCCAGGACCAAUAAAAAACCCUCUGCUCGCUGGUUCCCGCCCACUCCUGCCUCACCGGCCAAUGGGAGGGCGAGGUGGGCGGGGCUUAGCGGCGCAUGCGCGGCGGCUCCCACCUCCCCCUAUAGAAUCUUUAGGGCCGGUUCUUUACCAGAAUCGUCUUAAUUCACCCCCCAAAAAAAAAAUUAAACCGCGAUAUUGGCCGGGGGAGGGGGGGGGGGGAAGAAGCCACGGGGGCCCCUAUAGGGCUGGGGCCUCGGAGCCCCU